CUUUUCCGUUAUUUCAAAAGCAAAUUGCUUUUGCGCAACACAACAAACACUUUCUUUGUCCGAACCAAUUUAACUAAAACCCUUUUCUUCUCACUCAUCUCUAGCAGCUGAUACUUCCGAGUUGUUGGAGGAAUUAACUUCAUGCCCUGUGGGUACUAAAUAGUUCACUGUGUGAGCAUGGAUAAGGUAUCCCAUGGUUGUCCAUACCCGGGAUGCUUCUUCUGUGUCAUGAAGGUAGGAAACCCAAGUAAACGCAAAGCAAGUGUACUGAAAUUUUUCCAAGAACUUCCUUCUCAGGAUGACGAUGGUCAGGUUCUCCCUAUUAGUGGUCUUUGGAACACUGCGAUGACGCAUCCUAAUGAUCCUGAAUUCAUUGAGUUGGGAAUAUUUGAAUGCAUGGCAGCACUCAUUUGGAAGGGUUUCAAGAACCGCCGUUGGCUUUCCCAUGACCAAAAUGUAUAUAUUCCUUAUUAUGCUGCACAUAUAAUUGGAUCCUACACCAUGAACAUGGAAGAAUUUGCUGAAAGUGCCGUCCAUGCUGGUGUAAUCCCUCCCUUAGUUGAACUUCUAGGAGGGAGGUUAACUUGGGUUGAACAGAGAGUAGCUGUACGAGCUCUAGGUCACUUGGCUACAUAUGUCAGCACUUUUCCUGCUGUCGCAAGUCACGGUGAGAUCCUUGAGCUUUCUAUUCAACUAGCGAUGAGUUCACUUGAAAUUGUUUACUCUCACUUUUACCAGUAUGUUGACAGAAGGCUAAGUUAUCACUGUGACCUACUUACACGUGGCAUGGGUGGUGUUGAAAUGGAGUCCAGGAAGGCAGAGGAAUGGGCUAGUCAGCUGCAGUGCUGGUCCCUUCAACUUAUUAAUUGCUUUGCAUUUAAACCCGAAUUUCUUUCUACUGUAUGCAAACCAGAAUUUUUAGUAAAAUUACCAGGGAUGUGGGGCGGACUUGUCAAUGAAACUUCACCAGCUGGUAUUGGUUUACUACGAACAAUUUGUCAUCAUAAGCUUGGAAGGGGACCCGUGGCUAGCUGUCCUGGUAUUAUUGAAGCAUUGUGUAAUAUUGCUCGCUCAUCAGACGAUUGGCAGUAUAUGGCUAUUGAUUGUCUUCUUUGGUUGCUCCAAGAUCCAAGCACCUGUCAUAAGGUGAUUAAUGAGGCGGUACCUGCACUUGUGGACCUUGCUGAAAUAUCAAGUCUAGGGGAUCACAAAAAGCUUGGGGAUUCCAUUGUUAAUGUUCUUCAGGAAUGUAUCCAAUCACAAGGGACAGGACGGAACUCUCUCAGCAAAUGCACUAAAGAACAGAUCGAGGAGAUUUUAAGUUCUAAACAGAGACUAAAAUUGGAAAAGAAUAUGCCGAAAGAGGAUCUCCAUGUCAAACAGGUAGAAGCAUUAGUGGUAAAGCUUGAAGGAAAUUCUCUGUUCUCGUCAGGAAAUAUAUCAGGAGCAGCAUCAAAGUACUCAGAAGCAUUGGCAGUGUGUCCAAUGCGAUUGAAAAAAGAGAGGGUUGUGCUGUACAGUAAUCGAGCGCAGUGUCAUCUUUUGUUGCAACAACCAUUGGAGGCCAUAAGUGACGCCACACGAGCACUGUGUCUUCAUAACCCGGUUAACCGUCAUGCCAAUAGCCUUUGGAGAAGAGCUCGGGCUUAUGAUAUGCUUGGGUUAGCUAAAGAAAGCUUGUUAGACACUAUAUUGUUCAUAAAUGAGUGCUCUCUGUCACCUGAUCCUGAUAUCUCCUCAAGGCAAAACAAGGUUCCUGACUAUGCUGAGCGUUUGGUCAAGAAGCAGAUGCGUGCAGCUUGGUUAUUUAGUGAGGCAGCUAUCAAACAUGGGGGCAUCCACUGCAAAGGUGACAAUGGCAACACCUAUGGCCAAGAGACUGAUGAUUCUGAAUGGGAGACAGCAAGUGAAAGUGAUAUAGGAAAUGAUGGAAGGGAUGAAAUGGGUGAAGACGAUUGUGAAUGGAAGAAUGAGGACGAGAGGAAAGACAAGUACGCAAAACCUUCAAUCAAAGACAUGAAGAAUGGAUACAAUGUGCAGCUUAUGGGAGAUGAAAUGUGAAUUUUGGAUUAUUUGGGCCAAUUUGUGUGUGCAGGAUGGAAGAGGGACAUGUCUUUGGUCAUUGUGUUAUACUUGAGUUAUACAUUUGUUGUUUUUGCUAUCCAUUUUCAUGUUAAAAUCCAAUUGUGAAAAAAAAAAAAAAACUAUAGAUACUGAAUGUAGAGGAUGUGGAUUUUUUUUUUUUUUUCUUUUUCUAUUUUUUUUUUUCAUUUAAUUUCAGCUUUUAAUUUGUGUGAGAUUCAAGAGGCUUGUAUAUAAACGCUUCGGGGGAUUUUUGACUGAAUUGUCAACUGAAUGUAGAACGUGUGGUUUUAAUUUUGUGUGAUUGA